AUGGCUCUGACCGAGGAGCAACGUCAGAUUGUCGCCAAGAAUCGGGAGGAGGCUCUGAGAAGGGCGGCUCUCAGAAUUGAAAAAGAAAAGGUACUCGAAAUUGAAAUGGAAAUUGAAGAAGCCUCUGUUGAUGAGAACUUCAGAAAGAAGCAGCCGCCGCUGCGACCGCUUCCACCUCAAAACCAACCACUUCUCAGAAUGUUCCGAAGAUGUUGUUCCCUCCUCCGAAACAGAAUCGACAGGUUUGCAUCAAAAAAGAUUAGGGGAGAAUUCAGACGCAUUUGCAGCUGAUGAAAACAGCCUUCAGCAAACAGUCGACACUGAACAAGUUCAUACAGAAACCCGAGACAAAUCACGUUAAACCGACAAUCGAUGUGAAGAUUAAGAUUGACACGGACAGGACGGUCAAAGUCGCCAUUCAGAAGUGUUUAAUUCAAAUGAGAUUUGCUCUUUUCAGAUCGAAUUCUAUCCGUAUCACUCGGCGGUUGUCGACCUGAUAAAACAAGUGCCCAGCCGGAAUUACGAGCCGACGAAACGGUUGUGGACGUGUUCGAUCAACGACGUGAACACCGUGAAUAACCUUCUGAAGAACGCGACCGCCGUGAAUGUGAAUAUCGAAUCGCUUCCUCCGAACGUCAUCAAUCUUUUGAACUACAAACCGAAAGCAGCUCCGAACGAUUUGAGCACAGUUAUGGACCCGGGACUGAUCGAACGGCUUUUCCCUUACCAGAAGGACGGAGUUCGAUUUGCAUUGGAAAGGGACGGACGGCUGUUGUUGGCGGACGAAAUGGGAUUGGGAAAGUCCGUGCAGGCACUCACCAUUGCCAGAUAUUACAAGUACACUGAGCCCACGACGUCACUCUUCUCACCUUUUUCAUUUCAGAGCCGACUGGCCCCUUCUUAUCAUCUGUCCCGCCUCUGUGAAAGGCGCCUGGAAGAAGCAGAUCAACAUCUUCUUCCCCAUAAUUCAACGCAUUUUUAUUGUCGACAAAGGCUCCGAUCCUCUUCCCGAUGUACGAACUUCGAACACUGUGGCCAUCAUGAGCUACGAGCAGAUGGUUCUAAAGCAUGAUAUUCUCAAAAAAGAAAAAUACAGCACGAUCAUCUUUGACGAAUCGCACAUGUUGAAGGACGGAAAAGCGCGCCGGACGAAAGUGGCCACCGAGUUGUCAAAGAUUGCCCUCCACGUCAUUUUGCUCUCUGGAACUCCCGCCCUUUCUCGACCGUCCGAAUUGUUCACUCAAAUCCGAAUAGUCGAUCACAAACUGUUCACGAAUUUCACCGACUUUGCCAUGCGAUACUGCGACGGAAAACAGGGAAAGUUCGGUCUCGAAUCGAAAGGCUGCUCGAACAGUGAGGAACUCGCGGCGGUCAUGUUUAAGAGACUCAUGAUACGCCGCCUCAAGACCGAUGUGCUCAAGGAUCUUCCAGAGAAACGAAGAGAAAUCGUUUAUGUGUCCGGACCAACAAUCGACGCCCGAAUGGAGGAUCUGCAGAAGGCGAAGGCUGCUUACGAUCUGGUCAACGCACAAGAUCGGUCCAAAUCCCACGACUGUUUGCUAGAAUUUUACAAUCUGACGGGAAUUGUGAAGGCAGCCGCGGUCUGUGAGCACAUCCUCGAGAACUACUUCUAUCCGGACGCACCGGCGCGCAAAGUGCUCAUCUUCGCUCAUCAUCAGAUCGUUCUGGACACAAUUGAAGUGGAAGUGAAGAAGAAGAAACUGGGAUCUAUCCGAAUCGACGGAAAAACGCCUUCCCAUCAGAGAACCGCUCUCUGCGACUCAUUCCAAAACAACGACAACGUCCGUGUGGCGGUUCUCUCGCUCACAGCUGCCGGAGUCGGAAUCACUCUCACCGCUGCCUCUGUCGUCGUUUUCGCUGAAAUCCACUUCAAUCCUGGAAUCCUCGUGCAAGCCGAAGACCGAGCACAUCGAGUUGGACAAAAAGACAGCGUCUUCGUGCAGUAUCUGAUUGCGAAGAAGACCGCGGACGAUGUGAUGUGGAAUAUGGUGCAACAGAAACUCGACGUGCUUGGACAGGUCUGACACACUAGGCCAGAUCUUGAGAAUAUCAUGCUUACAGGUGAAUCUGUCCAGCGACACGUUCCGCACAGCCGACAAAAUGCACCUCCGCUUCACGGAUCCCUCUCAACCAAGUAUCGCCGAGUACAUGCAGAAGACGCCGGACGCGUCGAUCGCAGAGUGGGAAGAUCCAGCAGAACAGGAAAAAGUGGAACUGAACGACGACGACGACUUUGAUGUAACAUGCGACUCGCCUGCUCCGAAAAGAGCCAAGAACUGA